AACUACUUACUACUUGAGCCAUGAAGUAAACUCUCAGCACUCUUCUCCUCCUCCUACUAAGAAAGUGAGAGCAGAGGCACUGAGUCUCUGGUUUUUCUCACUUUCUCCUGUUGUUUUCCCUUUCUCCUCUCUCACAAUGAAUCCCAAAAGUCUCUUAAAAUGAUUAUAGACGAAGACCCCACUAGAGAAACAGAGUUAAUGGUCUAGCCCACCCAAUUCAACACCCUCAUUACCAUGUGUUAUUCUAAUAACUAUACUUGCUUUUCUCAGUAAUACAUCUUACUAUUCGCUAGCAGCGUUCAGCGAUGUUAGAUGUAGAUCAUUCUCGGCGAAAACCAACCCAGACUCAUCCUUCUCCUUCUCCUUCUGCAUCAGCCAUGCUUCGCAGGACCUGCAUUGUCCUAAUCUCUCUUCUAAGCUCACUUUCUGCACUUGCUACGCCAAUGCAGAACCUCACCCUCCUCGGUCAACAUCCAGACCCCGAAGCUGUUGUCCAAGAAGUUCAAAGAAGAGUAAAUGUGUCAUUGUCAAGAAGACAAACACUAGAAGUGUCCCAAAGCGACCAGUCCUCAUGCGUCACGGGAAACCCCAUAGACGACUGCUGGAGGUGCGACCCCAACUGGGAAGCCGACCGCCAACGCCUCGCCGACUGCGCCAUUGGCUUCGGCCAGUACGCCCUCGGCGGCAAAGGCGGUCAGAUCUACGUCGUCACCGACUCCUCCGACCACGACGCCGUCACCCCUCGCCCCGGCACACUCCGCUACGCCGUCAUCCAGUCCGACCCUCUCUGGAUCGUCUUUGCCACCAACAUGCUCAUCAAACUCUCCCAGGAGCUCAUCUUCAACAGCUACAAAACCCUAGACGGCCGCGGCGCCAACGUCCACAUCGUCGGCGGCGGUUGCAUCACUCUCCAGUACAUCAGUAACGUCAUCAUCCACAACAUCCACAUCCACCAUUGCGUGCAGUCGGGCGAGGCUAACGUGCGGUCGAGCCCAACACACUACGGGUGGCGCACACUGUCGGACGGUGAUGGAAUAUCGAUAUUCGGAUCACGAGACAUAUGGAUCGACCACUGUUCGUUGUCCCAUUGUAAAGACGGUUUGAUCGAUGCCGUGAUGGGUUCCACAGGCAUAACAAUAUCCAACAACUUUUUCUCGCAUCACGAUGAGGUGAUGCUGUUAGGUCACAGCGAUUCGUAUGUGCCCGAUUCAGGGAUGCAAGUCACUAUAGCAUUUAAUCACUUUGGUGAGCAGCUGGUGCAGCGGAUGCCUAGGUGCAGACGCGGCUAUAUACACGUGGUCAACAAUGAUUUUACUCGUUGGGAGAUGUAUGCUAUUGGGGGUAGCGGUAGCCCCACCAUCAACAGCCAGGGGAAUCGCUAUACCGCGCCGUCCAAUCGCAACGCCAAGGAGGUGACGAAGCGCGUGGAUACGGAUGAGAAGAAGUGGAGGGACUGGAAUUGGAGGAGCGAGGGGGACAUAUUGGUGAACGGAGCCUUCUUCAUUGCAUCAGGUGAAACCGUUGAGGUUCUCUACGAAAAAGCCUACAGCGUGGAGCCCAAAUCUGCUGCCCUCAUUGAUCAACUUACCACUAACGCCGGUGUCCUCGGUGGCAGCGGCAACAACCUUGGAACGUGGAGGACAGAACGAAGUGGUGGGGGAUAUGGUUUUGGUGAUGACUACUCCGAGAAUAUGUUGAGCGGCUCACCAUCCUCCUUUGCCCUUUCUUCCACUCUCCUUCCUCCUUUAUUUCUCUUAUCUUCCUUUCUACUCUUGUACCUCUAACCCCAUCUUCUUGUGAUAAUGAAUCAUUUUUCUGUACUGUUAUUUGCAUUGACUCUUUUAAGUCGUAACUAUGUCAUACCGAUCCAUCCGACUCCUCUCUCUUUACUCAUUCUUCUUAAACUUAAACAAAAAGAAAGAAAGAGGAUAGUUGAGAUGU